CACCACCUUUACUGGGUUUGGUCACAAAAGUUGUUAUGCACAUUUUAUUGGUUAUCACAUUUUUAAUUUACAUCUUAAAUCCAUGUCUUUGGACUGUGGGAGAAAGCCGUUGAAAACCCAUGCAUAUACAGGGAGAAUAUGCAAACUCAACAAAGAAAGACCCUGGCCUGGUGGAACUGAACUCAUAACCUUCUUCCUCUGAGGCAACAGUGGUAAUCACCAUGCUGCCAUCUGCAGUUAGUGGGGAUAGGUUAAUUGGAAAGUCUAAAUUGCCCAUGGGUGUGAAUGCAGGAGUGAAUGUGAGUGCAAAUGGUUGUCUGUGUCUAUGCGUUACCCCUGUGACAGACUGGCAAUCUGUCCAGGGUGUACCCCGCCUCUCGCCUUAAGACUGCUGGGAUAGGUUCCAGCGCCCCUCGCAACCCUGAAAAAGGAAAGUGGAUUGGAUGAAUGAUUGGAUGAAACUUAAAUCCAGCUCUUUAUUAAUUCCGCAAUAACAUUGAAUCUUUUUUGUAUUUUGUCAUUUUUUCUCAGAUGCAGUUUUUCUUCAUAUUGUUCCAAACAAAUCCCAGUUUUUUGAAUAUGAGUCAGUUAGUUUUUACUGUGAGGAGCCUUCUCAUGGAGAUGUGUUAUAUAAGAUGAAAGAGGAAGUAGAGCAAUGCAGCAAAACCAGUAAGAAAACAACAGUAACGACAACAGGAUCAGAGUGCACCAUUCAUCCUCUUUAUGCAAGUGACAGUGGAGAAUACUGGUGUGGGACAGCAGGAGGGAAGAGAAGCAACAUUAUCAACAUCAAUGUCACUGCUGGUUCUGUGAUCCUGGAGAGUCCUGCUGUUCCUGUGAUGGAGGGAGAAGCUGUGACGCUGCGCUGCAGAAACAAGACGUCUUUAUCCAAUAUCACAGCUGAUUUCUACAAAAAUGGAGUUCACAACAGGAGCAGCUCCUCAGGAAGCCUGACCAUCCAAGGAGUUUUAAAGUCUGAUGAAGGACUUUACAAGUGCAAAAUCGCAGGAGCUGGAGAAUCACCAGAGAGCUGGCUGUCUGUCUCUGCGCCAUGUUUCGGUUUCACAGACAGUUACAACAAGAGGAGCCACUGUGCUGCUACUACACCUUGGAUCGUUGUCACUAUUUUACUGAGCACUCUGAUUGCAGUGGUGGGACUCUAUCACUUCCGCAAAGAUUUGUACAGAGCUUUGGUCUAUUGGUCAACAAUGGCACGUGGUUCAGGCUCAACAGAAGAUCAAACAGGACAGAACACAAUCAAUGAAGUUGAAUUGUGUCCUAAUCCAGUUUAUCAUUCUUUGGGCCAGGGUGACACUCAACCUCUAGAAACAGUGAAAACCACAGUAGCAUACAUGGCUUCACCAGGUAUCUACCAAGCUGUGGCAGAGGAUGCUUGCUAUUCUACAAUACCGUAGUGUUGCUGUUGGGUUGGAGCCGAUCCUAGGAAAGGUAUACCUUGGACAGGUCGCCAGUCUAUCAUGGGUCUGUAGCAUGUCCUCAACUUGUGGAGGCAUCAUGGGAUAUUUGUGAACAUACCCAUGUAAACCACUGAUCUCCGCCAACUCCGCCUUGAACAACACCCCAGGCCAAACCAGGACCAGGGUUUUGAUAAAUUGGAUAAGUCUACCACAGCCCACUGUGUAUGCCCUUGGCACCUUACCAGAAUGCUGUAUUUCCCUCCUGGACUGAGAUCAUCUUCAUCGGGUGGCUGUAGCUCAGGUGGUAGAGCAGGUCAUCUAGUGACCAGAAGGUUGGUGGUUC